AUGGUCCUCGCAACAAGGAUAGUGGUUAAUGACACCAGGGGCAGGGCUAAUGCAGCUGGGACACGUGAUACAACCAUACUGAUUGCUGCCAUCUUCUGCUCAAAGGGUCUAUCAGCGCCAACACGUCUGUUCUGCAGCAGCUUAAAACCACCUCCUACCGUCCCCCUUCCUGUCAUCAUGGCCCGCCAUCAAAACCAAGGAAAGCGACCUCAAGGGGUCAGGAAACGACCACAAGAACCUGUCCGCAGGAGCCCACGUCUCAGCUGCCUCCACGAGCAAAUUCAAUCGAAGGACAGGAAAACCGAACAAAACCACCACAAACAUUCCAGAGAAGAGGCUUUCUCGCAUGACCAUACGGCAGUGAGGAUCUACGCUCACUAUGCAGUUCUUGAAGGAGAGAAGACGAAUAUCUAUCGCCACCCAAUCCACAAGUUCGAUUUUACCGCUCUGGAUGGCAAAGAGAAAUGGACGGCGUACAAAUUCACGAGAAAUGUCUAUGAUAUAUGGAUGCCAACUCAUUUUAAAAGAAUAUGCUCUGCAAUUGAUCAGAUACCCCCUGAUGUGGAUUUUGACGUUUCGCAGUCGGAACUUCAAUACUCCCAACAAUCUAACUCCGAAUCGGUGUUUGCAGUCGAGGAUGAUGACAGCCAGCCAAGUCAGCGCCAUAUUGCCUCAGCAGGUGUUACGCCAACUACCUCCUUUACGGAAGAAACACAAAUAUUCAAAAGGCCAAGAAAGAAGCAGUAA